UCCAAGUGCUGAAAACAGAAGAGAACGAGACCGCUUCUAGAGGCGAUGAUAAACACCUUCACUGCUGUCUGAGCUUUAUUGCCAAAGGUAAUAAAAAGCCUAUAAUGCUGCAUUUUCACCACAAGUUGCCCGCGGGGGGAGCCGUGGUCCUGCUCGCCUUCCUCCUCCAUGGAUGCGCCGUGCAGGCAGCGUCUCUGCCCCGCCACUACAGGCUCCGAGGCGGGGAGAGUGAGGGCUCCGACAUGAUGAAAGCCCUGGAGUACAUCGAGAACCUGAAGCAGAGAAAUGGAGGGCGAGCUGAACCCGCGGAUUACGACGAAGUAGACAAGUUCAGGGUCCUGCUCCAGCUCGCCUCGCAGCAGGAUGAGGCUCCAGGGGACCGCCAGUCUGCCCCCGCUGCGCAGCAGAGGCAGGACAUUACCGCUGAGCAGCUGAUGAAAGCCCUGCUCAGAUCUCUGCAGGACCAAGCCGGGAAAGACGCAAAGAUCAGCCCCGCGUCUGCGCCAAGGAACGACAGGCGCACGCACAGGCACCGCACCAAAGACACGGAAGUCCCCGAGAGUGCGCCGGCAGACUACAGUAAUUACCCCAGACCUCACAAGAAAUACCCACUCAUGUUUGAGGACGAGGAGAACGCGGACGCAGCCAAGAGGGCUACAGAGGAUCUGGAUGAGCAGUACACACCUCAGAGCCUCGCCAAUUUACGCUCCAUCUUCGAGGAGCUGGGAAGGAUGCCCUCAGUCGGCGGCCAGAAGAGAGACAUAUUCGGGGAUGAAGAUGAGGAAGAGGAGGAGGGAAUCAGCCUGAGGAACCAGGCCUAUGAAGAUGUGGCCGGGGGAGAGGAGUGGGUCCCCGUGGAGGAGAGAGAAGAGACGGAGGAGUUGGAAAACGGGAGCCAUGAAGAGAUGGACAGAGCGCUCGGGGAGCAGGAGGAGGCAGAGAGGGAGGAGAUGCAGCGCAGGGCGAGCCAGGACCAAGAGGAAGCUGAUGACGACACCAAGCUCGUGGACUACUACCUGUUGAAGGUCCUGGAGAUGAGCGACCAGACCCAGAAGAGGGAUAAGACCGGGGAGCAGAGGAAGAGACUCAUCCGCCCCUCCAUCGUGGAUCCCCGGACGGUGAAGGAGCUGCUGGAGCUUUCAUUGAAGCUCCACGUCCCUCCGCAGGACCUCAUUGACAUGCUGCUCACACAGGAGCUAAGGAAGCUCCACCGCGACCCCCACGCUCCUGUCCGCUACACCACCGGCCAGAACCCCAAGAUCCGGUACUUCAGCCGCAGACUGCCACUGAAGAACAAGCCCGCCAAUGAGGACAUGGACAGGGAGGACUUUCUGGACAUCAUCGGCGUGGAAACCAUCAGUAACGAGUAUCCUGUGGUGCAGAGACCCCUGAAGACGUCCUCUGACAGAAUCCCCGCAGCGCCCAGUCAAGGAGCAAGUUCAGGCCCGCUUAAAAUCCCUCCGCCCUCCGGACGUAGGGAGAACCUGUUUCUAUCCGAGCUCAAUAAAAUGCCCCUAAAGCGCCAGGCUGCUGCUGCUGAUGAUGAAGACGAGGAUGGCGACGUAGAAGACGAAGUGACCACCUACCUAGCGGCCAAAAUCCUCACCGAGUACCCCAACCCCAUCGCCAAGAGGGACACGCAGGCGCAGCUGAAGGGCCAGUUCCCCUACGAGCUGUAUGAGAGGGCUUUGAAGGAUUACUUGGGGCAAGCGGACGCUGAAAAAAGGCCAGUGGCCAAGAGGGAGACCGAGGUCGCCACAGAGGGGGUCAACCCCACGGAGAUGCAAGGAAAAGAGGAGAUCACGGCCAAGACGUCAGCGCCACAGACCGUCAAUGAAGAGGUGGAGGAAGGGAAGGAGCUCCGGGAGAAAACAGCGGCUGGGAUGUAGCUUAAGACGCAGGAAAUCCAGAAUAUAGUAUUUAUACUGUCUCAAAAAUAAAGUUUGGUGGACGUGAUAUAGUUUACAAAUUUCUAUUAUAGAAUUAUAGCUUAUAAUGUCAUCCUUACGAAAAUGAACAUUUAAAAAAGUCCCUACUUGCUGCAAGGACAUUUUAAAAAUGUUAAAGGUGCAAUCAAUAGAAAAGACAUCCUCAAAAUGAUUGGAUGUAAACCUGUCUUUACUCCCAAAUUGCCUAUAAAUACAUCAAAUAAUAUCACUAUUUCACUAUGGAAACUGAUGUUAAUAAAGUUUUGUGACAAUGUUAAAGGUUUGUUUACAUUAAUGUUGUUUGCAAACAGGAACGGGCCUAUAUUUUCAAUUAUAAUCAACAGAGUGCCGGUUAGAACACUUGUUUUUCAUCUAUACGUGAAUAUAUCUGUUAACGGUCAUGCAGACUGGGCCAGUAAAACACAAGCAUACAGUAUACUGACAGGAGAACUACAGGAGCAUUAUGGGAGUUUAUUAUGGCACAGAACAAGUGUUGUUUUGACUCUUGAUACAUUCAGGGUUAGUGGGUUUAAUGUUAUCAUGGAUGAUUAUUUCAAAGUCUAAAUAGCAGAUCGUCGCCUGCCUUCCAGCCCUUUCAUACUGCGAAGCUCUGUAUUGUCGGCCUACCAGUGGUUGUGCUAUGUAUGCUCAUUUUUAAACCAUUUUGUACAUGUUCAAUAAUGUGUGAUCGAUCACAGAUGAAUAAAGCAU